CGCAUCCUUACGUCAUGUCGGGCUGCCGCCGCCGCAGUCUCGAGUAAAGCACACCACAUACGACCCUACGGAUACAUUUACCGAAUAUAACGUAGCCCAUCCACGAGAUAAUCAAGUUAACGAAUAAACUGACAAUUGCACAGUAACUAUCGUGGCGAUGGGCCGAGAUGAGACCGCCAUAAAUGUGAUAGCCUCUAGAGAAACCGAAAUGAACUCUGCCUAGAAUUGCUCGAUGAGCAAUCUUUUCUCACAAUAUUAACAAAUGUGUGUAAUUGCUUCGUAUCGAUCAAAAGGAGGUUGUACUGUCGCAAUGAAAACUGCAAUGCAUCAUUUCUCAGAGAUCUCCCAGAGAUGCCCGUACUCCUGUUAUUCAUGGCCAGAAAAUUUGGAUUCAACUACCCUGAAAGAUGUGAAUCCUUUGAUAAAGUAUUGCAGAACCCUUGAGGGUAAGUUCCUCGGCAAAAGUCAUCGAGCAUAACGAUCAACGGCAUGAGAAACAAAACUCACAGCUUGCAACAUCGACGAUGAGCACGAAGGCUGGGCUAAGUAACAUCAGCAGUAACAACAACAAUAAUAACAGCGACAACAAUCACAUGUCAGCGAAACGAGCAGGUGGUAUUGGAUUGAGGAUGUCCGAGUCUUCACUCGGGUCUGCAACAGCGAUCUCAACCAAUGUCAACCAGAGUCAGCAACACGUGGUUGAUAAGUCAGCGGUGAAACGCAAGAAGCGCAGAAAAGAUGAAGAGAAAGCAGAGAUAGCAGUCGUCGAGCGUGUUCCUAUGGUACUUCUUACAAGGCUUGAAGACGGGAAAAAAUCCAAUGAGAGAAAGACUAAGCAAAUUUCAGAUAUUAAGGUGGUCAUCGAAAGGACAGAUAAUAUUGAAAGUAUUAAGACUUUAUUAAGUGAAAAAUUAGUGCCUGUUGGCAAGAAGAAUACUCGCCAUCUCGUGCAUAGAAGUAGCGAGAACUUUGCCGGCAGUGAUGCCAAAACUUUAGAACCAAUCGGUGAGAAGAAGGCGGUAAUUAUUGAGAAGAAGAAGAAGGAGACAGUGACUGAGGAUAAAAAAAAAGAAAUAGUGAUUGAGGAUAAAAAAAAUGAAAUUGUGAUUGAUAAGAAAAACGAGGUAGUGGUUGAGAUAAAAAAGGUAGUGAUUGAGAAAAAUAUUAAAACUCUGUCAAAGAAAUCAAUUGUAUACAUUAAAAAUUCUGAUCAAACUGAAAAGCGAUGUAAUACAGCUAAGAUUGAUCAAACUGAAAACAAAAGUUAUAAGGCUAAAAGUGAUCAGAAGCCUGUGUACAGUUCGGUUGAGUGUAAUGUACAUAAUGUUAAUAAUGAUUAUCUUAAUCAAAUUGAUCCAAAGAUCAUUGAACGCCAAUUAUUAGUCACACUUGACAGGUCACAAGUAGAGAAUUUCUUGAAGGGGAAAUGCUUGCAGAGGUUACAAAGAAAUGAGGAAUUGGUUGUUGAAAUUAAUAAAAAUCAUUCUGAAAGCAAAACUCGAAACAGUGAUGUUUUUUCCAAGGCAUCCAAGGAGAUUAAAACUUGUGCAAUUCCUAGCGAUGCUGGUGUCGCAGAUGAAACUGAAAUACAAAAUAAUUUGGAUAAGCAACCCUCAGCGGAUAAUGUUAUGAAUAAAGUUGAAAAGAUACAACAAAACACAGAGGAGUCAGUUAAGAUUGAAAUUAAGAAUAGGGGGCGAUCUCGCAUGAUCAAGAAGGAAGAGAAAACUACAAAAAGAGUUGUUAAAAGCCAAAGGCUCUCUUCGAGAGAGAAAAAAAAGGUUGAGUCACAAAGUAUUACAAGUAAGAGCAAUAAAGAUGACAGUGAUAAGGAUCUCAGAGACAAUACCAAAAUCAAUAAAGUAUCUAGUGUACAAAUAAACGAGAAUCAAAUUGAACAUGUGGAUGAAAGUUCCAAAGAUACUUCCUGUGAGUCAGCCAAAAUUAACGAAGUGGUCAGUCGCCAUUCUCUUUCCAAAAGUAAAAGCUUUCAUAAAAGUGCAGUGGUCAAUGAUGAUAAAAAUUCUUCCAAAAAAUUCAAUCAAGAUAAAGUCAAUAACAAAAUUAUUGAAUCAAAUUCAAUUAAUGAUGAUUCAAUUGCUAAUGGCAAUAGUUAUAUUGUUACUGCACCUGAAUUAGUACCGUUACAAAUGGAAGUUAAUGCAAUUCCUCAUGAUAACAUUGUUUUGGAUGACUCUAAUGCUGAAAACAAUGCAGUACAGAAAAUUUAUGAUAUACAUUCUAAAAAUUUAACUGAAAAUACAAAAUUUUUAUUUGAAAGACCAGAAACAGUUGAAAGUAUAAAGAUCUAUUCAGAAAGUGCACAACAAUUAGCUGAAAAUUCAGAAGAUAGUCGAAGCUCUGAAUUUCGAAUUAAAAAGUUAAUAAAUUGCGAUGACUCGGAAUGCCCUGUCAAAAACAUAGAAGAAAAUGUAAUAUCUGAAUUAUCAUCCGUGAACGUUAUAGCCAGUGAAACAUUCGAACUACCAGCUAAAAAUUCAGUGAAUGACAAUGACACUGUGUUACCAAAUGUUAAUUUCAUGAGUUGUGGAAAUGCUGAAUCAACAAACGACGAACAAAUAAGAAGCGAGAAUAAUGAAUCGUUGAUCGAAACAAUUGAAGAUACCGAAAGCACAACUUCCACUUGCACAUUAAUCGAGGAAACUCCUGAAGAACUAUCACGGAAUUUGGAUAAAGAAUUUGAAACCGAAGAGGAAUUAUCUGAAAACACUGAUAAUCAACCAGAAGUUAACAAUGAACUCGUUCAAAAUGAACGCAAAGAAACCGAAGCUUUCAAAGAACUACCUCAAGUCGCUGAAAAGGACAUCGGAUCUCUGAAUAGCACUGCAAGUGUAGAUGUAGAAAAUGUUUCACAAGAGGAUAAAGGCACUGAAAAUAAUGAGCACGAAAGUACUUUCGAGAAUAACCUCAAAUCCGUUGAGAACUUGGUGAUAGAUAGCAUUCUCAAUGGCGAAAUCGUUUCACCAAAAAUAAUUGCACAAUCUGCGACCAACAGAGUUGAAGAAGUGCAGACGUUCGUGUUUGAGAGUGGUGUCGAGGAUUUUGUAAACGAUAUCGAGGUUCCUAAGGAAGUACCUACAACUCUCGAAUCUUUAACGCCGAUCGUGGAAAACCCUGAACCUUCACCCAUUAUUGAAGAAAGUUCAGUCGUAGAAUCUCUUGGACCUUUAGUAUCGGCUGAAGAACCUACACAUGUAGAAAAUUCAGGACUUUCUGUUCCUGUCGAGAAAUCCAUGGAUGAAAAAAUGUUACCUCUUAAACCUUCAUUAACCGUUGAACAUACAAUAGUUGAAGAGAGCAGCAAAUUCUUCAGUGCUGUCGAAAAAUCUUCAACCGAGAAAACUCUAGAGUCGACUCCGGCCACUGAAGAACCCACGCUCAAUGAAACUUCCAUGCUUGUUAAUGAAUCAAUUGACGAGGAAUUCGUUAAACACCGGCGGAAACACACAUUAUCGGAGUUAAAAAAGAAGUGCACCGAGAAUAUUGACAAGCGUCAAGUAGAAGAACUCGAGAAGACGUGCAACAGCAUAGAUCACGAACAGCCUCUACCGGCUAACAUAUUCAAUGAGAAUCAUACAGACAACAUUAGCGCUAAAGUAUCUCCAAAUGUACUUUCGCCAGAAUGUUACCUCGAGCCAACUGUGAUUACAAAUAAAGGUUACUUCGAAAAUAUCUCCGAUUCAGAGAGCGAUAUUUGUCUGUCCGAUCGACUCAGACGACUAACUAGCCUCGAGAUACCUUCUUUUGAAGAUGCAUCGUACGCAGAAAGAUCUGUGCAAUCUGAAGAUGAUGAAAUCAGUCAGGAUCAUACGAAGCGUCAACGUAUCCUUAUGAAAAUUACUAAGACCGAUGCCAACAAACAUGUUACUCACUUGGUCGAGUCUAAAGAACAAGAAGAGGUGGUGAGCAGUGAGCAAGCAAUUGCCGAACAAGUAACCGAAGGUGAGAUCAAGAUAAUUAUGCGUAAAGAAAACUCCACUAAUAGUCAUGUAAUCAAGGAAAUUAAAAUCAUCCCUCGUACUCCUGAAGGUGGCAACAGCGCGCGGAUACCCGGUUACUCGCCAACCAGCUCUGAUCUCAGCAGUGGUAAUAGCAGUUGCCGUGUGCCAAGUUGCUCUCCAGCUAAGCCCGAUAGCGGCAGUUAUCGUAUGCCAGGAUGGUCGCCGGCGAGCACGGAAAUAGGCCAGACGACGAUUAAGAAGAAGCAAGGCCGACCAAAGAAGUACCCGAUAUUCACAGACGCUGAGCUUAUUGCUAAAACUACUGCGAUAGUCAAUAACGUUGAUGUACAUACAGGUAAGCUCAUGGAAAAGCCGUUGUUUGAACCCGUCGAGUCGAUUCGUAUCAACGAGGACGACGAAGUGGAAAAUAACGAAGAACAUCAGACUGUCAUCACCAAUCAAAUGUGUCUCAGUGGCACUCAGUUACUCGAUGCUAUGCCAACACAGCCAGAAAUUUUAACUAAGUUUGCAAAAGAAGUUGCAAAAGAACAAACUCUUCAAAAGAAAAAUAAAAAGGUAGGUCGACUUCGAAAGAAGCCAUUUAAUGAUAGUAUUAUUGGUACGGAAGUUACGGCGAGAGUAAAGGAAAAUGUUACCGUUGCAAGAGUUGCAUUCAACGUAGUAGAUUCUAUAGAAGAGUUGGUUGAGCCUGUCACGCAAAUAAAUUCUGUCGAAAUCCUAAUGACGCAGACCAGUCCUAUGAAAAAGAAAGGAAUUGAGCAAUCUUGCAAAGUACCUUUACAGAAUGACCGUGUAAUGCUUGCGACUUUUAUAGACAAAGAUUUUUCUUUGACAGAAGACGAAGCUGUUGAUGAAGAUUCUGAUGACAAACCAUAUUCAGAACGCCUUAAAGUAGAAAAUCGUUUACACGAGGGCAGGCAAUUGUCUAAAAAUCAAACAGCAGAGGAUGCAUAUGCUACAACAGAAGAUGAAGAUUACCAUGACAGUUUCGAACAAAUCGCAAAUUAUCAACGAACACGAAGGUCACACAAUAUCAUAAAUAAAGUAAGAUUUUUUAACGAAAUCUAUCCAAAAUCUGUAGAUGACAAUUCAGAAAUCACACAAGUAAAACGAAAUGAGCAAAAACCAAAAAAAAAUUUACAAGAUAUUAGUAUUUUAUCUACAGAGGAAGACAAUUCCAUGACGGAGAAUGAAGAUAUCAAUGAUUCUUUUUUCACUGAACUAAAAGUAAAAAAGAGAGGACGCAAGCCAUGGAAGCACUUGAAAAAUAAAAUCACAUUGCAAGACAGUGAAGCUUCUGUUACAAAUGAAAAACAAUCAAGUAAGCAUUUAAAUAAUGACAGUACUUUAUCUGAAAAUCAAGUUACAGAGGGAGAGACUUCAAUGACAGAAAAUGAAAGUAUAAAUGAUGCUCCUUCAAUUAAACAAAAAGUAGAAAGAAGAGGACGCAAACCAUGGAGGCAUCUAAAAAAUAUAACCGCAUUACAGGAUGGCGAAGUUCUUGGAUUACAGGAAAAUCAGUCAAAUAAGAAUUCAAAUAGUGACUGUACUUUAUCUGGAAAUCAAGUCAAAAAGAAAGAGACUUCAAUAACAGAGAGGGAAGAUAUAAGUGUUGCUUCCUCAAUUAAACAAAAGGUAAAACGGAGAGGACGCAAACCAUGGAAACAUUUGAAAAACAUAAUCGCAAUACAAGAUGGUGAAGUUCUUGCGGCACAGGAAAAUCAGUCGAUUAAACAUUCAAACGAUAACUCUGCUUUAUCUGAAAAUCAAGUUACAGAGAAAGAGAUUUCAAUGACGGAAAAUGAGAGCAUGAGUGAUAUUUCUCUGACUGAAUUGAAGGAAAAGAAAAAUAGAGGACAUAAAUCAUGGAGAUACUUGAACGCGGUGCCGGAAGGUGAGAAAAGGAAAAGAGGAAGACCGCGCAAAUACCCACUGGUCAAAAGUGCGCUGCUUAAAAAUCAAACAAUUGUUGAAAAACUAAAUUCAAAGAUGGAAAAUGAGGUUGUCUGUGAUACGUCUGUUGACAAACAAAUCGUUAGAAAUCAAGAUGAACUAAGCGAGUCUUUGCAAGACAAUGAUAUUCCAUCGUCUGAAAAUGUUGCCACUAAUGAAGCCAAAUUAGUCGUCGAAAAUGUAGCAGUCAAUAAUACUUUUAUUGAUGAGAGUGUAAAAAAAGGUCGCCAAUCAUUUACACUUACACAAAAUUAUAAUUCAUUUUCUGUAGAUCCACUAAUGAAAGGUACUGAAAAUGAAAUUAUUGAUGGAACAAGUGUGACUGAAGUAAUCAUCAAGAAAAAACGAGGACGCCAAUCACUCAAGAAAGUACAAGAUACUAGUGAGACAAAUUUAAUGACGGAAGAUGAAUCUGCCCAUAAUAUACUUGAAGAACCUUUUAUAGAGAAACAACAGCCAAGUAAGCAUUUAGACAAUGAACGAGCUUCAUCCGAAGAUCAAAUUACAAAGAACGAGCAUUCAACAAUAGAGAAUCUGGAUGCAAAUACUUUUUUGAAUAAACCAAAGGAGAAGAAAAAGAGAGGACGCAAACCAUGGAAACAUUUGAUAAAUCAAAUUGCAUUUCCAAUAAGUGAUGAUCUUGUUAAAGAAAAAAUGGCUAAAGGAGGAUCAUUUAAAAACUCUGUAAAUAGCAAUGUUCUGCUUGCAAAUCAAAUUAUCGAAGAAACAAGUUCAAUAACCAAAGAUGAAUUUGUCAAUGAUACUUCUACAGUCCAGUCAAUCACAGAAGAGAAAGUAAGAUCACGCACACCUUCACAAGAUAAUGCCUGUACAGUUGAAAAAAAUUUAGUAACUGAAGACAAGGCUAUUAACGAAAGUUCUGUUAAUGAGUCACUUGUAGAGAAGAAUAGAGUGAAAGCACAAACGGAAGACGAGACUGUCAGUUCUACAGAGGAUAUUUCUACAGUCGAUCGAGUUGUUCAGAAAAAACGUGUUCGAUUCUCAAUUAAUAUCUCGGAGGAGUCGUUAUCGUUAACUGAAGACGAAACCGUCAGCUCUACCGAGGACAUUUCGAAAGUUGAUCAACCUGUGGUAAAAAGAAAACCAGGUAGACCACGCACAAAGCAUUUGCAGACCAACGGUAUGCCAUUAGUGCCUUCAUUUAGACUGGCUUCAAGAAUGAUGGAACCACCUGUUGUGAAGAAACGCGGUCGAACAUUGAAAAAGCUUCCGCAAGGCAACAACUCAUUGCUAAAUAGUACGACUCCAAUAGUGAUAACCGAGGAUGAAACUGUCAGCUCGACCGAGGAUAUACCAAUAGCUGAAUCACGUAACGCUCAAAAAGAUAUGGUUGGAAUUAUGCCCGCGCCAACUAUUGAAGAAGAUAUGACCGAAUCGCUUGCUGUUAAUUCCUUCAAAAAUCAGUCUAUUCUCGAAGAAUCUGCUUCGAAGAAACAAUUGAAUGUGUCCCAUUUACUUUGUCAAGAAAAAUGCACUUUUGAAAGUGAAAAUAGCUCUUUAGCUGCAAGUUCAAUGGAAGAUCUAUCGACUGUCGUGAUUCCCAAAAAACGCGGCCGAAAACCACGUGUAGUUCGCGACUACAAUGCUUACUCGGAUUCAUUGGCUGCAAGUUCUAUGGAAGAUUUAUCAGCUGUUCAGAGUAUACAUUCUGUUGGCCCGAAAAAACGGGGUCGGAAGCCGCGCAUAAAAAUCCAACAGCCGGGUUCAGUGUGUACUAGUUCCAUGGAAGAUCUUUCAACGUUAUCACCAAAGAAGAGACGAGGACGACCUCCAAAAAAUCUCUCAUCGAUCAAAAUCGUUCUGCCAAAAGAUUCAAUUGCCAACAAAACACAAAAUAUAGUUGUAGGAAAUGUGAGUAUCGGCUCUAUUCAGGGAUUUUCCCCAGUCAAGCAGCUAAGUCCUGUAACGAAACAUCGGCAUUAUCCUCCAACAUCCGAAGAUGACAAUAUCACGCCGAAACUACUCGAACAAGUCGCUGCCACGCUUUAUCAGUCAACUUUUGAUAAUGACCAACCUCUAUACGACAGAUCAGUAACAUCAUUGAGUCCCAUUAAGAAAAAAAGACGCCGGGGACGUCCACCAAAAUAUCCACGAGAAGAGAUUGACGCAAUCGAUACCGAAGAACCUCAAAGCGAUAGCCUUUCUACGUCAGACAAGUCGCAAAGUCAGGAGAAGAGAAGAGGACGACUUCCACGUAAACUGUCACAAGGCGAAAAUAUUUUAUCUGAUAUUAUUGAUCGCGGUGUACAGUCAAAUAAGAACGACGCGAACAAACCAGGGCAUUUGCCUCGUCGUCUAUCGUAUGACAGCGGAGUUUUGGCAACUCCAGUAUUUUUACAAAGUCAAAAAAGGAGUCAGGCUGAAGAUGUUCCAGCUAUCCCUAGUUUAGGUAAGCGACAGGGACGUCCUCCGCGCAAAUUUUCACCCGACGAAGAACACAGUUUCUCCGUAUUACCUCAGUUGAAUCACGACGGUGAUGUAGCCUCUACACACGUAAAAAGGCAAGGACGGCCACCUCGCAAGUAUUCACACGAUGAUGGCAUGCCACUCUCACAAUCUUCUAUCAGUGACAGCGAUGAAACAAUUGCUGUCAAGAAAAGAGGACGCAAACCGAAGAAAUUGAUUUCGGACGAUGGAACUAACACGAGCCCGGUAAAGAGAAAACCAGGACGAUCACCGAGAUUUCCGCACGAUGAUAGCUCAUCACAGUUCUCUCAGUUAGCGGUCAGUGAUACUGAAAAUGUGAGUGAUCAUAUGAAUAAGAAAGGACGUAUACUUGCCAAUCUCUUGCAAGCUGACAAAAUGCCGUCGAUUCCAUCGAUACCACUACUCUCAUUACCAUCAAUUAGCGAUAACAAUAAUUUGCAAGUACGAACAUUAACGUCGAAAGCAUCGCAAGUCGGAGUUACUACCAUUUCAACCACAAAUUUACUUCGUCAACAGAGAAAGCCGAAAAUGUCACAGCCAUCACAAACUCCCAUUCCUGUGUCUCCUCUAGUUAUCACUUCAGUGACGAACAGCAUGACGCAACCUGAAUCUAUACCACCAAUCAGCUCUGUAAAAAGGCGAGGUCGACCAGCAAAACUGUCUGUCUUUGAAGCAGCUUUAUCGCAAAGUCAAAAGCAGGAAAUCAGAUUACCUGGUAACAUGACAGCCGAGCAAUUGAGGCAACGUCGACAUUCUCAAGACGACAGCAUGUUCAGCGAGGAGCUGCCCAAGUUCUUCAAAGAGCGACCAAAAGAGUUCGAGGACGCGCAGCCAAAGAGGAAACGUGGCCGGCCAAGAGUACGUGAACUACCACAGUUCGUCAUAAAGCCAUUGAAACCGCAGUCGGUCGUGGCGAGUACACAAACAGUUAGCUCAGAUGAAAGUUCCGUGAUUAAGGAAGUUCCAAAAAGUCGCGUGGGUCGUCCAUGCAAAGUUUCACCUGAUAAAGGAAUAGCAGUUAUUCCUAAAUCAAGGGACAACCGAACAUCGGAAUUAACUGUCGCGGAUUAUUUGAGAACAUGGACUGACAGAGACGAAUCACCAAGCUCACAAACGGCUAAGAAAAGCGUUCAUCAACGUAGAUUCUCGCAAGACGAUAGCACCUUUGUUGCCGGAUCGAGGUCACCGUCGAGAAACCGUUCGCGAAGAUACUCUCAAGGUGACACGCUCGAGGGAAGCUCCGAUGAUGAUUUACGGACAUCAAAAAGCAAGCGCAUUCGCUCGAGUAGCAGCGACGACUCUCUUAUACAAGACGAGAAGAGACCACGUGUAGAAAAAGAAUUGUGCGAUCAGCACAGUAUCACCAAAGAACUUGUAGUGCAAUUGACCAAAAUCGACAAGGCUGAUGAGUCACCUGCCGAACCCAUUCGAGAGAUUGUAAAAAUGAAUCUGCGGAGAAAGCUCGAAGGCAAUAGCAAUGGAGAUCCACCACCAUUGGUACCAAUCGAACCAAAAAUCCAGCCGCCAACGCACAGUGACGCCAAACUAUUGAUGCUUAUGCAGCCUACCGACGACAAGGCACUUUUACAAACCCAACCGCCACACUUGCAACCGCCACCACAGCAAUUUUGCAUAAUUUUUAUACCCGAUGCUCUCACCUCGGCCGAGUCGGCAUUGAACAAAGACAGUCAACCGACUGCGACGAUCGUCAAUUUUCAACCGGUACCCGACUCUGAGCUUGCCAAUAAAUCUGUUAUUUACACACCAACUACUCCCACAAAAAUUUUCGUUAACGAGGAUCAGCAUAACAGAUCAUUCCUUUGCACUACAUGUACUCAAGCGUUGGAUUUGAUCGGUAGACUGGAGGCCAAUGUCGGUAUGACUGAAGAAGACAAAUGUGCAAUAAAGUGUCCAUUUUGUUCGAACGACUUUCAGUCAUUAUUCUAUUUGGAAUACCAUUUAAGACAAGAGCAUCUGAAGUGCGAGAACGAGAAACAAUGCAGACAUUCUGGUUUCAAUACGUUGAGAAUUCCUAGUCAUGACGUAUCGUCGGAGUCAGAGAUAUACAUCACCUUCGCUCUCAAGUGUCGGAGCUGUUAUGAACUCUUUGAGAAUGUAUUCACUCUCAACGAGCACGUCAAGAUUAAACAUGCUAGUCUGAUGCGGCACAAACCACCAUUGUCACAAUUUUCCACGACUGGUAUGGUAUGUUAUCCACCGCCACCUUUCAAAAAUGGAACCAGGACUGAAGUGUUGCACUGUCCGAGCGACUGUAUUUGCAGAAUCGGUAUCCGCAGCACUGACUCGCCGAUGCAGAGAGCUCAAGUGCUUAAGAGAUGUCCGAACUUUAUGAGACGACUGGAAAAGAUCGAAGCUGCCGCUUACGAGGUGUACACGUGCACGCUGUGUAAAAGUACUUUCUUGAUGAAGGACGAGGUUGUCGAGCAUUUGAUGAAGAUGCACGAAGUGUCGUGUAAAUUCCCGUGCACCAAGUGCCUCACCAGUUUCCGCGCGGUGCAAAUGCAGGAGAAUCAUCAUUGCUCCGAAACUACGAUUCGCGAUCUUGAUAAGCUUAUCAAUAUCGUCAUACUACCCACCGAUAAAGCUCACGAUAACAGCAAGUUCGAAGAUUCGUCCAACGACGAGCUCGGUCCUAUAAAAACAACACCACCGCCAGCAGUACCAUCAGCUUCUACACCAUUAAAUGGUCUUAAAAGGAAAAAUGGUGUUGUCAUUCAGAGGUUGUCGAAAUACCUAGCGAUGCAACCACCGAAGAAACCAAGACUAGACUCGUCAGCUACUUCAGUUACCACUAAGAAAAGGAUGAAAAAAACACCUUGUCCUAAAUGCCAGAAGAAGUUUGCUUAUCGUAAGAGCUUGAACGAUCACAUCAUUUUUGAACAUAUCAUACCUUGCAAAGCUGACGAAGCUUCGAAGAAUAUGGCCGUUGAGCUUUUACGACUUGUCAAUAACGGUGGAUCUGACGCUGCCAAAAUCGAAGAGCUUGCGAGUGCCCUUGGCAAAUACACUGAUGAUGAUGGUGUUUCUCUCAAGAAACUCACGAUGGUCAAUGACGAGCAGGAGAACUGGAACGACGAUUCUUACGGCGACAAGGAUCUGUUGCAGUGCUUCAAGUGCAAGGCUAACUUUAAAUCGACUGCUAACUCAGCUAAUUUAUCGAAGCGGAACAAUCAGCAAUCAACCGACUUGCCCGCACCCCAGCUAUGCGAACGCUGUGAUUCAACGAGACGACAUCGCAACACAGUAAAAAAUGGCUACAACCUCAACAUAAAACCAUCGACGAACGGCGAGCUGGAACGACAACAGCAACCACAAGUGAGAUAUACGUACGAGUGUGACCGCUGCGGCGACAGCUUCCCGACGUCGAUCGAGCUUAAUCGUCACAAAAACGAUGAACACAGUAACAAGCCAAGUGAGUCGCUCAAGUGCGACAUUUGCUCGAAAAUCUUUUACUCGUCGCGAAUGCUGGAGAAACACAAAAAGAUGCACCAUGACGACUCACUGUCCAACUCGCGUAUCGAGGACGAGAGCAUGGAGUGUAGCAAUCAGAGCGUCAGCGAUAUGAGCAAAGACAGCGAAGCUAACGAUACGACCAAUUCAUCAACAAGCCGUCGCGACUCCUCCGACAACAAGGAGGAGGAAAAGUGCAAAUGCCCUCAUUGCGAAUUUUCUGCAGAGAAAGUUAGCCUAAAGAAUCAUCUGAAACGAGAGCAUGGUGUCAUGGCUUUCAUCUGCCAAUUCUGCGGUAAACUCCUCGUCGAAAUCAGUGAGGUGCGACACAUGCUCGAUUAUCACAUCAAGUCGAGUCGCAAGAACGGCAACGUUGGCUCUGAGAAAUCUCAAGACGAUGUAUCUGAAUUACUAAAGACACUCGGUAAGAAGAGGUUGCAGUCGCUAAUGAUCUAUCAUGAUUUCGAGGGCAAAUGUAACAACGCAAUAAUGCGUUGUCCAAUCUGCCCUGAACAAUUCGCUACUCGCGAGUCGUGUCGGCAUCAUUAUCAAUGGAUGCACGAUUCCACCUGCAUAUUAUGCGACGCGAGUUUCUCCGGUGGCAAUGUCGCUGGUCAGCACAAGGUCGCCGUACACAAUUCCAUCGCCAGCUACGUUUGGGCUAUACAGCGUUUGGUAAGCGCCAUUGUACACAACCUCAAGCUUGAUCGCGUUCAUCCGUCGCACGUACUCUACCAAGAAGUCAGUUUGCGACUGGAUAUGCUCGAGGAAGAAAGUAAUGUUGUUCCCGAGGGUGAAUUGCCAGUGGCAAGGAUCAACAAUAACAAGACCGGUACCGAGGAGGUUGUUUCUGAACCUUUCCUCGAGCCAGUUGUGCUGAGUGAAGAUCAAUUACCUGGUUCGGGAAACAUGAUUGAGGUUGUGAUUGGCAAUGACAUGGUAGUGGAGGACUCAGAAGAUAACCUGCUGGAAAAUUUUUAUCUGUCGCCCAAUUAUGAGAGCAGUUGCGAACAGCCAAAGAUUCUCGACGCUGGAGCUCCAAUUCCGGAGCUCGAAGAGGAAGAGGAAGUCGUCACUACUACUGUUUCUAUGGCCACCGCCACUUGCACUGUCGCUCUUCCGACAACGCCCAGUAUAACUACCUCCAACGGUGGCAUUCUCAUUCCUACGACGCCAGUCACAGCGGAGACUUAUGCCACUUCCGCGGUGUUCAAGUUGCGCCAGGACAACGGCCAAGAAGAGGUUGUGUUAGCUAUUACCGACGAGGAUUUGGUGACUUAUCGCGAUGACAUCGGUAGUCUUGCUGAGAGGCUAAGUGCCACCUGCGAUUCGCUCAGCCUCGAGGAGAUCACCACGAUGCUCAGGAGUUACUUCGAGAACGUUGGUACACCUCCAACCGAGGAAAUUGAGCUCGCUAAUGCAAUCGAGCCAAGGACACAGUGAUCCUGUGAUUUAUGUAUAGUUUAUGAUGUAAUAACAAUUUGACAGUGAUUACAGCCCUCCGAUGUUAUUUUUUUUUCUUUCGUCGCUCUAUACACGUAUUUAUAUAUGAUAUAGAUAGCCGUCUUUGUCUCUCCGCGAUAAUAAUGAUGAUGUUGAUAUACGCGCACUACUUUCGAAGCAGGGCUAAUGCGCAAAUUAUACCCGUCUGGGAGGUUUUGACUUGUACAUUGGAUGUUUUAUAUAAAAAAUAAUAAGAAAAGAAUUUCUCUUCUUUUUUUCUGUUUGGUUGUAGACAAACUCUGUCCGUGCGAAAAUAUUUUGCACACUAAUCGUCGAGAGAAAUUGAACGACUGUAUAUUUAGUGAAAUUGUUGAUAAUCAAUCCUUGCGAUGGCCAACAAGAUUUUUAUCGAUGUUUAUAUACUUCAGUUUUUUUCCUUCGUCGUGUUGAUGCAGCUAUGAUCGUAUAUGAGUUUCUAUAUAUGUAAGAAAGUAGGUUUGAAUUUUUGAGCAAAGUUGCAUCAACAGAUCAUCUCUUGGCUCGUCUUAAUGAAGAUUUUUAUUGACAUUGGGAUAAUUAUUUUGAAGAAAGUGAAUUGCUUGUUUUAUAAGAUCCGAUGUUAUAUACAUUUUGACCUUUUAUUAAUAUUUUUGAUAAGCGCAAAGUUUUUUUUAGUUCGUUACUGUAAUUGUUAUAUCUUACAAAUUAUAAACAAUGUAGUAACAUUGUCGGUGCAAUAAUCAAACAUAUAGUUAAGACUAAUAUGAGUGAUUAAUGCAUAAAAAGAAACUUUGACUGAUGUAGAUAAAUUCUUGGAUCCUAUAAAAAUGUAAUUAACUUUAACUUUUAACAAAAAAUAAAUAAAUAAAUUUGAGCCUUGACCAAAAAAACUGACUAGUACUAAUUCGUUUUCUUGGAGUGAUUAUUAUUAAAUUUUCCAUCCAGAGUGAUAUAUAUAAGCAAGUGAACCAUUUUUUUCCAUUAUUUUUAUUUAGAAAAAAGGCCAGCGAGUCAGUAUUUUUCAUUUAUUUAAACUUUUGUAUUUUAUUUUACUUUUCCCGUGAGCCUGCGCGAUAACUAUAUUAUUCUAUUCAUUUUAAAAUUGUUUAUACGUGAACGAUAGAGAUAAAGCUUGUGAAAAUUCUCUGUCGUCCUAUCCUAUAAGUUCCGAGGUGUCGAAGAAUUUUUGCUAUCGGGAUGGAUGAAUUUAAUCAUAGCAUGUAACUGUUUUUGCAAUUAUUUUUCGUUGGUUGAAUAUAUGCAUAAGAUUUAAAUAAAAACGUGUAUGUACAGUUCUUGAUAUUGGUAACUUAAAGAAAAAGAAAAUGAGAGAGAAGCGUUUGUAUCCAACUAAGAAUAUUAUAGAGCUUUCCUACGUACAUUCGUUACGUUUUUGUUUACAUUCGACAUUUUUAUAAUAGUAGAAACUAUGAGAAUACUAAGAAUAACUUUGAGAAACCGCCAUAAUUUACACCUGCGAUUCAUCAAUGCAUUGUACCAGUUAUUGUCAGCGAAUAAAAUUCUUCAAAUAUUUCAUAAAUCUAAUCUUAAUGAAUUUUCCUACAGCUGAAACUUAGUUUUAACCUAUAAUUAAGUGGUUUUUAUUUUUCCAUUGAAUUUAUAAGUUAUUGAUGGGGCAAUUU